UUCUUUUCUUUUAAUCAUCAACUGUCACAUGAUCCGCAAAAUGGCUGCGCCCAUGAAAGAAAAAGACAUUAAAGUUUUUGUAUUACUUAUUAUUGUUUGUCACUGUGUUUCGCUUCCAUUGCCAGUGGUUAUCAACACUUGGCCAUUUACAAACGCUACUUUAGCAGCAUGGCAAAUGCUCAGCAACAACCGGACAGCUGUGGACGCAGUAGAGGCUGGGUGCACUGAGUGUGAGUUGGAGCGAUGUGAUGGGAGUGUCGGCUGGGGAAGUAACCCUGAUGAGGCAGGGGAGACUACUUUGGAUGCUAUGAUUAUGGAUGGCAUUACACAUGAUGUUGGUGCUGUUGGUGCCAUCAGGCUGGUGAAGACAGCCAUCUCUGUGGCCCGUGCUGUGAUGGAGAGGACCACACACACACUACUGGUGGGCGAUCAAGCAACAUCCUUUGCAAAACAGCUUGGAUUCCAGAUAUCAGACCUCCAUAGCAACAAGAGCGUGGACAUGUACAACCAAUGGAAACAAAACAAUUGCCAGCCAAACUAUUGGAAAAAUGUUGUGCCAGAUCCGACCAAGUUCUGUGGUCCAUACAAACCCAAACCAUUCCCACCAUCCGUACAUCAAGUACGACAACUCUCCAAUGAUGCCUACAAACGGAUAGGGGGAGACAACCAUGACACCAUAGGUAUGAUCGCGAUAGACAUGCAGGGCAAUGUGGCGGGAGGAACCUCAACUAAUGGCCUGAAUCACAAAGUUCCAGGACGGGUGGGCGAUUCCCCUAUCGCUGGCGCAGGCAGUUACGUAGAUAACGAAGUAGGCGGGGCUGCGGGCACGGGUGAUGGAGAUAUCAUGAUGCGCUUUCUUCCAAGUUUUUAUGCCGUGAUGCUCAUGAAAACCGGAGUUUCACCAUCAGUUGCUACAGCUGAAGCUAUGAAAAGUAUUAUCAAAUAUUAUCCGGACUUCGUGGGAGCUGUAUUGGCAGUUAAUAUACGAGGUGAACACGGUGCCGCUUGUCAUGGAAUUGCCCAGUUUCCUUAUUCCAUAAUCAGCCCAGACUAUCCACAAGUAACUGUUCUCAAUGUGCCGUGCAUAUAAAUUAACACUGUGAUAACUCCAUGGUUACAAGUUUAAAUGAUUAAUUUAUACUUACUUCUUAUUGACAUUCUCCACGUCGUGUUUAUGUUGUCAGCGAAAGUGGUAUAUUUAUAUGUAAAAUAUAACUGAUAGUGCUAUUAUUUGCACACGUUCUGCACAUCCUUGUGUACAAAUUAAUAAAGCUUGUAUAUAUUU